AUGUCCCCUCCCUUCUGCUCAUGUUUCACUAAUUUCUUAUUGAGCAUCCCCGCCCACGACAUAGGAAUAUCAACAAAAGGCAAACCCCUCCACUCGGGCGCUAACCCAACUGCCCCUCGUACCCCGCCCCCACCGCUCUUCCCCGCGGCCUACGCAACCGCGCUCCCCGGCGGCUGUCCCCGCUGCAAUGACGGCGGCGGCGCCUCCGGCGCCGGCCUCGCCACCUGCCUCUGCAUUCACGCCGAGGAGAACGCCCUGCUCGAGGCCGGCCGCGAGCGCAUCCGCGACGGCGCCGUCCUCUACUGCGACACGUGCCCCUGCCUCACCUGCAGCAUCAAGGUCUGCCAGGUCGGCAUCCGGGAGGUCGUCUACGCCCAGGGCUACAGCAUGGACAUUGAGACGGCGGCCGUGUUCCGCGAGGCGGGCGUCAAGCUGAGGCAGUUUGUGCCGCCGCCCAAUGGACUCAUCCAGCUAGAAAACGUCGACAAGUUAGAUCUUUACUGA